GAGAGUUUGUGUAAUCGAUUUCAUGUAGUGAGUAACUCACAAGUAACCUAAAAUCUAGAUCACUGAAACAGAGAAGGGAAUUGAGGAAGGAGAGAGAGAUAUAGUGAAAGUGGAGGUGGAAGAAAGAAAGCAUGGGGGUGGACUACUACAAGAUACUGCAGGUGGACCGCUCCGCCAAAGACGACGACCUCAAAAAGGCCUACCGCAGGCUCGCCAUGAAAUGGCAUCCCGACAAAAACCCUAACAACAAGAAAGACGCCGAAGCCAAAUUCAAGACAAUCUCCGAAGCCUACGACGUGUUGAGUGAUCCGCAGAAGAGAGCGGUAUAUGAUCAGUACGGCGAGGAGGGUUUGAAGGGGCAGAUGCCGCCGCCUGAUGCUAGCGGAUUUUCUGGCAUGAGGGACGGCAGCGGCGGUGGGGCCUCGUUCCGGUUCAAUCCGCGUAACGCUGAUGAUAUAUUCUCUGAGUUUUUUGGCUUCACCAGCCCGUUUGAGGGAAUGGGGGGUAUGGGAGGGGGUUCUAGGCUGGGGGGCUCUGCGUUUUCAAGGUCGAUGUUUGGGGAUGAUAUAUUUACAUCGCUUAGGAAUGCGUCUUCUGGUGGGGAAGGCGGCUCUGGUGGACAUGGAAUGUCGAGGAAGGCGGUGGCAAUUGAGCGGAAGCUGCCUUGUGGUUUGGAGGAUCUGUACAAGGGGACUACUAAAAAGAUGAAGAUUUCACGGGAUGUGAUUGACUCCAGUGGGAGACCCUCUUCUAUGGAGGAAAUUCUUGCAAUCGAAAUCAAGCCCGGGUGGAAGAAGGGAACUAAAAUAACAUUUCCAGAAAAAGGAAAUGAACAACGAGGUAUCAUACCAUCUGACUUGGUAUUCAUUAUCGAUGAAAAGCCCCAUAGUGUGUUCAAAAGGGAUGGGAAUGAUCUUGUAGUUACCCAGAAGACCUCCCUAGUUGAAGCUCUGACCGGCCACACCGCCCAAGUGACUACACUCGAUGGCCGGAAUCUAACCAUACCCAUCAACAGCAUUGUUAGCCCAACCUAUGAGGAAGUUGUAAAAGGAGAAGGGAUGCCGAUCCCAAAAGAGCCUGGCAGAAAGGGAAACUUACGGAUCAAAUUCAACAUCAAAUUCCCAAGCCGGCUUACUCCUGAGCAGAAAACAGGCAUCAAGCGGCUAUUGACAUCCUCGUGAAUGCUGCCAGGUGGAGCUGUCCAUCAUACUCUUGUAAGCUUGCCUUUCUUUUUUUUCGUGCUGUCUUAUCAUGCCUUGAAAAUUUGAAGGAUGAGUGCUUUUGGAAACACUUGUUUAGGUUCCCCUAAUUUAUUUUAGAUGUUCAUUUCUUCAACAUCUCUUCCUUUCUAAAAUAUUUGAUCCUAUUUUACAACCAUCAACACAAUUUAUUA